AUGAGUUAUCCUAAAAAUUAUCCGAUCCAAGUAAUCACUGCUACUCCAAUUAAAGUCGUCAAACAUAUUCCGAAAGAGACAACUGUAACAACGCCGUAUUUAGAAUUUUGCCCAAGAUGUCAGGUAGGCGUUUAUUUUCAGAGAUAGAACUAUAUUUAUACUUCAAUUUUUUCGAUGAUUUUCGUAGAAAAACUCACCUAGUCAUCGUAAAAAUCAGUCCUGAAAUGCUUCGCGAAAAAAACAGUGAAAAUAAAAAUAAAUGAGCGUGAAAUAAAAUGUGUUGUGUGCAAUUUGUGCAAACACCGUAACAUGGUACAGUAACGAAUUUAUUCUAUUUUUUCCAGGCGACGAUAAUGACAUCAUGUUUUCAUCAUACUGGAACAUGUUGGUGGAUUAUCUGUUUCACCGGAGUUUUUCUAUUUUGUUGGCCGAUUCUCUUUUUCCUUUGUUGUGAUAGCUCAAAAGAUGUUGACCAUAAUUGUCCAAAUUGUGGACUUUUACUUGCCGAAUCGAAAAAAGCUGGUUGUUAA